CUGUGCAACUUAAAUCAAGCCCUCUGACUGAAGCUGCUAUGCAAACCAUUGCAGUGCUGGUGGUGUUGCUGCUGGGAGCAUCUCCGGUGCUGCCAGAUCCAGAUGAAGAAGGAGAGAAGGUGACCCAAGCUCCYAUUCCCUGCUCGAAGGGCUGCACCUGUCUGCACGAUGACUUCACCUCGGAUCUCAACAUGUACUGCAGCGCUCGCAACUUCACACAAAUACCGAGCGACAUGCCGCCAUCCACCUAUUACCUCUGGCUAGAUGGAAAUUUAUUCACCUCCCUCCCAGCAGCACCUUUCAGAGAGCUAACCAAUCUGGACUUUUUGAAUCUCCAGAGCGGCCAGCUGACGACCCUCGACCACCAGGCUUUCAAAGGCCUCAGGUCCCUCGCGCACAUCCACCUGGAGAGGAAUCGUCUCCGGGUGCUUCCGGCCACCGUUUUCCAGAACACACCRAACCUGGCGUCACUUAGCUUGCACAAUAAUCAGAUCAGUCGCAUCGAUGAAAGGCUAUUUUCUGGGCUCUCCCACAUGUGGCUUCUCAAUCUAGGGUGGAACUCGCUUAUAGUCAUUCCAGAGACAGCUUUUCAGGACCUGACAGGUCUGCGAGAGCUCAUCCUUGCAGGGAACAGAAUUGCUUACUUGCAGCCGCAGCUCUUCCAAAACCUCGGGGAGCUUAAAGAGCUGGAUCUGACUGGGAACCACCUGAGGGUCAUCAAAUCCAAUGUUUUUGUGAAACUCACCAAGCUGCAAAAACUUUACCUGGGCCAGAAUCUAAUUAUGACUGUGGCACCCAGAGCAUUUUUUGGCAUGAAGUCGCUCAGAUGGUUGGACCUCACCAACAACAAGUUAGCCUCCCUGCAUGAGGACACCUUCCUGGGUCUGUACAGUCUCCACGUGCUGCGCCUUUCCAACAACUCUUUGAACAGCAUAAGGCCCAGGACGUUCCGCGAGCUGCAGUAUCUGGAAGAGCUGCGGCUCAGUUACAACAAGAUUCGAGCUCUUGGGGAAAGGAUCUUUGAAGGGCUUGGCCAUCUCGAGGUCCUAGAGUUGGAGCACAAUCAAAUGCAGGAGGCGCAAGCGGGGAGUUUCACGGGUCUCUCUGAUGUAGCUGUUAUCAACCUAUCAGGGAGCUGCUUUCAGAGGCUGCCUGAUMGAAUGUUCAGUGGUCUUUCAAAGCUUCACAGCCUCCAUCUGGACAGAGGAUGCCUGACAAGGAUCACAGCUCAGGCUUUCAGCGGUCUCUCAGGUUUACGGAGGCUUUUUCUCCAGCAUAACAAUAUCUCUGUGGUGGAAAACCAAAGUUUUGUGGAUCUGGUGGGCCUUCUAGGACUGGACUUAAGUUUUAACAAAUUAGAGGUUCUUACAGCGARCACUUUCUCUGGCCUCAACAAUUUGGAGUACCUGCUGUUGACCAACAACGACUGUCGGCAGUUUUUGCAGAACGGAACAAAACAGCUGCUUCCGCGUCUGCGUUAUCUGGAUCUGAGAGCUAACGCCUUGACGAACGUAGUCACUAACUUUUCCGAGAACAUGGAAAAACUUCUGCUGUCUGGAAACCGGUGGCGAUGUGAUUGUAGCACGCUACUACUCAGAAACUACAGCUUGAGGAAGCCGCAGGUGGUGCCCCGGCAAGUAGAGACCCACGCGGAGGGCGAAGAACCAGACACGACCAUUACGAUAUAUAACAACAUCACGUGCACCAGCCCCGCGCGCCUAGCUGGUCAGGACCUGCGGGAUGUGGACGCUGAACUAUUCAGAAGUUGCUGAGCUGAAACACACUUGAAACGGCAGACGCACAAUCAAAAUCCUGCUACAAAAGCUUCCUGUCUAACAUGAGCAGUGCAAAUGACAUUACUAAGACAGAAAUGAGAACUUGCUAAUUUUAGAUUUUCUUUUGAAGAGGGGGUAUUAUACAAAAUUGACUUUUUUGAGCUUUAUAUCACAUUAUA